GCUUGCGUGCAACACAAACACGUUACUACACGUUACUAAACUCAAGUGCACGAAGUUGCCACGAACCACAGUCAUGCAUAGUAUACGUUAUGCCAAAAUACGUCAGGCACAUCUCCUCAGCUCUCCAAACAACGGGGAAACAUAUGCAAUGCGGGCACGCGACAAUUACAAACAAGCAAUAUGCAAGCCUAGAGUUGGACCAGUGAGAGGACUAUCCCCUGAACGGAACCCAUGGUCCUUCAAUCAUAUCAUAUCAGUUAAUGUAACUCUUGAACCUGCAUAAGGUCGAUCUCUCGUAGGAGCAUCGAUACGGUGGUUUUUUGGGCAAAGAUUUCGUUUAAAAAGUCAAGGAUUUGGGCCGUAAGUUCAGUUUGACAGCUUACGCGGUCUUCGAGCCCACUAUAGUAUGAGUAGCACUCAUGAAGAGUAUUUGUUUCACCCUCAGCCAAUAACGAACUGAAGGCCUACGAGAGGCUGACACGAGGACGAUAGACGUACGAGUAUGGAAACAAAACCGUCAAGGUCUAGAGCAAGUGUCCAGCCAGCCUGGCAGUCCUAGACGAGAUUUCUUGUAUAUAUUAACCUCGUCUAUCCUGCAUGUAUAAUAUCCUCCAAACACUAUGAUUUCCAACGCAGACAAGGCCAUGCUAAGAGCCGCAGCUAGGAAAGCUGCUACGACCAACAAAAUUACCAGGCCCAGCAGUAUUCCUCCCUCUAAGUUGUCGAUUCUCUCUGUUACUAGAGACACUCUCAUUAGCAUCGCAAAGAAUGUCUCUAAAGCCGAAGUUCAUAUUAUGCGCUCGUCAACUCGAAAUCGAGACGUCAUACCCACUGUGAACACCGAAAGAGUCGUCCGGAAGCCUCGCUCUCAAUUGCCUUGCACUCCUGUUUCCUUUUUUUCCCGAACGAUUCGUCCGCCGCUUGCGACCAUUCAAAAGAAUCCGGUAGAGGUCCAGAACAUUCGUGCUCGGGAUAUCAAGACCCUCGCUAGCCCGAAACCUACUCGUCUUCUUACUCCUACCACAGUACCUUUUAAAAUUAGGGCUUCCACCGGCUUCAAUACCAAGGGUGUAGUGAAAGGGUUUGGCAUCGCUCGUCUGUCAGCCGCCGUCCAGAAACCAAGUCAUCUGUUAAUUCGUUCCAGAAACCUGUUGUAGUCACCAAGCCAUCGCACAGAGGAUAAUCCGACUUAAAGUCAAUAUACCUCUUGGACCUGAUCCUUGGAUAGCCGGUAUAGAUGAAUAUAAGAGAUAAGCCCCCAUUCUCUCAAGCCAUUCUCAAGCAUCACGAUCCAAGCAGAUAAAGAAAA